AUGGAGGGCAGCAGUCCCCACAACGACAUCAUCGACAUCGACGAGACGGCCGCAGCAGAUGAGGUUCUGCUGCACCUGAUCCGCUCCAUUGCGCUCUUCCUCUCUGUCGUUCUCGCGCAGACGGCACAGGCGGCGACGACGGCCGCUGAGCUCGCACAGGUUUUCCUCGCGGGCACUGCCCCCACGUCCGACGUGUUGAGCGCUCCACUGACAGCAGACGCAGUGCUCUGUCGAGUCCAUGCGACGCUCUUUGCCUGGGCGCGUCGUGAAGUGCAUGCAAACUGCGACGUCGACGGCUUCCUGCAAGAACAGCGGGUGCUCGCGAUCAUGAAGACGCUGUUUCGACACCAGCGGACGCAACCAGCAGUCCAGUGUCGAAUACUCGUCGCGCUCUUGACGUCGUACUUGACACGGCUCAAGGCGCCGCUGGUCCAGUGUGAACCUGCUGGGAUGCUGGCGUCGACCCUGGACUAUCUCCUGGUAACCAAACAAACCACUAGCGAUAGUGGAGAACCUGUGCCCGAGCCAGUGCUGUACCCGCUCGUGAAUGCAGUGGAUUCCAUCACUAUCGAACAGCGCGAGUGCCUCGACGCGCUGGUCAAAUUACUGCGCUGGUUCUCUGCGCACGACCCAUUUCACAAGGUUCUUGCUGCGUUUAUCGCCACACAUCACGCCAAACUGAUUGGAGUCCACGAUACCGCAGCGACACGUGAGAGCAGCGAUCGAAACGUUGACAAUGCACUGGGGAUCUGCUUCGUCCAGACGCUUCUACAGUACCCCGACCACAUUUUUCGACGAGAUUUUCAGUGUGAGCCGUUUGUCUCUACUCUCUCGCACUCGGAUACUGAAGACGAUGAUGAUUCAAGUGAAGAUGCGGCCUCGUCUCACAUGAACGACGUCUCGGAUCACUUGUUCGCAGCAGGUGUUGGCAAGACUUGUACCGAAAGCUCAGUGGACAUGGACUCGAAUGCCGGGGAUGAGCCUGCCGUGAUCUCUACAAACUUGUCGAAGCUCAAGCACGAGAAAGUUCUGGUCCUUCGUCAUACUCGCCGUGCGAGAAAGACAGAGACUGCAAUGCUCAAGAAAGCGGCGGCACCUUCAUUGUGCAAGCACACAAAACAUACGAAGGCAAUGGCACCCGAAACUCCCCGCAGCACAAAGCCUGUCGACACAAUUGAAGACAAGCGCGAAUUCUCGAUUCGAAGAAAAAAAGCAGACGGAAUCUCACUGCUGGACGUGCAUCCAGUGUUCGUGGGCAUUGCUGCUGUAGCGGGGACGCUGGCUGCGCUGCUGUGUGCUUUUUGCCACUUGUGA